AUGGCUCAGCCCACACACCUGAACCAGAACCUGCCAGAUCUUGGUGGCCCCUUCUUGUACAGGGACCAGGAUGAUGGUGAGAAGAGCUCGUACUCAGUAGAGACGCCCUAUGGCUUCCUCUUGGACCUGGAUUUCCUAAAAUACGUCGAUGACAUCGAGAGCGGCCAAACGCUCAAGAAAGUGCCCCUGCCUCGGAGGGCCAAGGGGGCCCGGCAGCCCCUCGGCGCGCUGCGCAGCCCCGGCGGCCAGACGAGCGGCUGGACAUCCACCGAGUCCCUCACAUCCACGACCAGCGAGGAGGGGAGGCCAGCGGCACUGCCGUCACCGCAGGGCUGUGCGGCCUCGGAGCCUCCGGGCAAGCAGGCCUCGCAGCCCGCGUCCCCAUCGCCAGCGCCGAGGCUGCUCCCGCCGCCCGCCUGCAAGGGCCCCCUGAGGAACCCCCGCGUGGAGAAGACAUUGCUGGAGACGAGCAGGAGGCUGGAGCAGGAGCAGGGCCACUUGCUGGAGAGCGGGACUCUCGUCCCACCGGGACUGGCCCCGACCCCGUCACCCGUGGGCGUCCCCUCGGGCGGCAGCGGCGCCGGGCAGGCGGCGCCCGGCUGCGGCAGGCUGAGCCCCAGCGCCUCGGGGCGCAGCACGCCGGGCGCCGCGCCGCUGCAGCACGUGCGCGAGCAGAUGGCGACGGCGCUGCGGCAGCUCCGCGAGCUGGAGGAGCAGGUGAAGGCCAUCCCCGCGCUGCAGAGGAGGAUCUGCGAGCUCACGCGCGAGAAGGCCGUGCUGCUGGAAAAGUUGGCGGCGGAGCCGCGCUCGGCGCCGGGCCGCAUUGCCGGCGCGGAGGCCGACGCGGAGCCGCCCAAGGCGCGGGCCAGCAAGAUCGCGGAGCUGCGGAAGCUCACGGAGAAGCUCUGCGUGUCGGAGAGGAGCGGCAAAGGCGGCCGCUCAGCCAGGCCCGCUGAGAAACCCUGCGACUCCCCGGGCGAGGAGCGUCCCGCCAGCAACGGGGGCCCCUCGUGCUCCCCACCGCGGGCGGCCGGCGCCGAGCCGGAGCGCAGGGACGCGGCCGUGUGGGUGCUGGAGUCGGCGCUGGGGCUGCGCAGCGAGGCGGAGCAGGAGCUCGAGCUGCUGCAGCACACGGUGGGCCACCAGAAGGAGGUGAUCGCCCUCAUGGAGGGCCACCUGCGCGAGGCCACGCGGGAGCUGGAGGAGCUGCGCGUGGAGGUGUGCGCGCGGCGGCCGCGGCGCCUCGUGGACAAGGAGGUGCUGGCCAAGCCGCGCGUGGCCGAGGCCGCRGUGCAGGCCGAGGGGAUGAAGGCUGCCAGCGAGCGCCCAGAGACGCUCGAGCGCGCCGUGAGCUGCUCGCCAUCCACCGCCUCCGUUAGCAUCAGCUGCCGCCCCGAAGGGAAGGAUGCGGCUGUGGGGCCCGACACGCCGGUGUCGCGGGAGGAGAAGGGUGUCCAGGCCAACCUCGGAGGAGAAGGGGGGUCCCUGAGGAAGGAGGACGCCUGCCCGGUCACAGCAGAGCUGGGACAGGAGGACCCCGCAGUGGAUGGCAGAGCAGCCCCCAGCCCCGCAGCCGGAGCCCUGAAGUCCAUCAUGAAGAAGCGGGACGGCAGGAGUGAGGCCGAAGGCAGCAAAAAGAGCCUGCAGUUCGUAGGGGUGCUCAACGGCGAGUACGAGACCACGUCCAGUGAGGAGGAGGAGGAACCAGAGGAGGAGGAGGAGGAGGAGGAGGAGGGAGUCAGCUCCUCCGAGAAGGCUUCAGCGGACAGCUCCGACAGUGACGUGCAGGGAGACACGGACACCUCGGAUGAGGGAGGCGAGAACGAGCCGGGCGGCCCAGAGCCGGAGCCCGGGGCUGGGAAUGACGGCGUGGCCGGGACGGAGCUCACCGAGGUGAAGGAGAAGUUCGAGCUGAACCCCAGGAUGCGGGAGGCCUGUCUCAUCGUCAGGAGCUACCUGGGCCACCCCGGAGCGGCCAAGAGCAAAGAGGUGCUCACCAGUAGCAGCCUGGUGCUCCAGGAGUGGUUCCGUGUGUCCAGCCAGAAGUCAUCCAUCCCCGACACCGUCGCCAACCACCUCCUGGCCUUCGCCGAGGUCUCGCCAGCCCUCCUGGCUCACGUGGUCAACCUGGCAGAUAGCAACGGCAACACGGCUCUGCACUACAGCGUCUCCCACUCCAACUUCCACAUUGUGCAGCUGCUCCUGGACACUGGGGUCUGUAACGUGGACCACCAGAACAAAGCCGGCUACACGGCCCUCAUGCUGGCAGCACUGGCAGCCGUUGAGCAGGAGGAGGACAUGAACGUGGUCAGGAGACUCUUCAGCAUGGGCAACGUCAACGCCAAGGCGAGCCAGGCCGGCCAGACGGCACUCAUGCUGGCCGUGAGCCACGGGCGGCAGGAGAUGGUGGAAGCCCUGCUUGCUUGUGGAGCUGACGUGAACCUGCAGGAUGAGGAGGGCUCAACGGCACUGAUGUGCGCCUGCGAGCACGGCCGCAUCGAGACCGUGAAGCUGCUCCUGGCUCAGCCCACCUGCGACAUCUCCAUCGUGGACAGUGACGGGAACAACGCUGUCGCCAUCGCGCUGGAGGCCGGUCACAGCAACAUCGCUGUGCUCAUGUACGCCCAGCUCAACAGCACAAASACGCAGCCCCCCCAGGGGACAUCACCAACAGGCACCAAGAGCCCUGGGAGCCCAAAGAAACCAGAUUAGAGCCACUUUCAGAUCCAGCUGCGUGCCCAGAGAGCUGCCACCAGUGCUGGGCUGUAUUCACAUCCCACCCCUUGCGCCKUAUCAUACUGAGGCUGCAGACAUUUUUAUUCUCCUGUUGACAGAGCAGGCGUCACUCUUUGGGCUCACUCACCUGCAGGAAGCGUCCUGGACUCAGCUGCCUACUUCUGCAAAGCCACAAAGACAAACAAGCAAGCUUGGGGUAGGAAAGACAGUGAGAUGAAGCCAGCGCUGUCCCCUCCUGGACCCACCGUCACCAUCCCUGUGCCAGCUUGGAGCCCUCUGAAAGCCACUAAAACUACCAAAGACGAACAAAGCCAGGAGAGGACCAGAAGCUGCCUGCAGUUCUUCUCUGCCUUCUACCUGCAGUGUCUCUGAGGCUGGUGAGUCUUCAGCCUCUGGCAGCUGCAAGCCCUGCUAGUAAAUCUGUCACCAGAUCCAGCAGAACAGGCUUURGUCUUUUCUUCCCUCCAAAGACAUGGAAAACUUGCAAGUUUCAGGGGGUUUAAAAGGGSAGGUGGAAUAUAAAACCUCCCGGCUUAAGGCAGGAGGAAAAGGUCAAACAAAGCAUUUUUGCCAGGGAAGAAAACUGCAAGAUCGCACCAGAUUUUCAGCUUGCAAGGAACCUGGCUAGGUCCUGGAUCUGCUGCCCAGUGCUGGAAGGUGAAGCCCACUAUAUUGAUCACAGAAGGAACAGGAGAGCUGAUUAAGACUGCCUUAAAAAUACCCUGGGAGCAUUCCCAAACUCAAAUACUCACUGCCUUUUUCUCCAGCAUUUCCUUCCCUGGCUGACAUCUGAAUUUUCCCUAACACAGUCUCUCUCUCUCUCUCUCUCUCACACACACACACACACACUCACACACGAAAUAUAUAUUGCUUAGUCAAAAACAUAGCUCAUCAUCAAAUCAGUGUCUUGCUCAUCAGGAGCAAAACUGGCUGCUAGGGGUGAGUGACCAAGACUGCAUAACCCACACAYUGGGAGCAGGGACCUUAUCUAGAGGCAGGGAGGUUGCCCUGUAAACACUGCUUAUUCUAAACUCUUAACUACUGUGAAKACAAGAGCCAGCAAGUCCCUUUCUGCCUCCUGUCCUACUCAAAGGGGAAGARGGGGGCUAACAAUUGUUCCAGGAAAAAUGUGGGAAGAGCCAAGAGUUCAGAGAAAGCGUAGUGAAGAUGGAUGUGUAUGUAGAAGCAUGUGUGUGUGUGCGCGCGCACAUGUGUGCAGCAAACCAGGUGGGAAUUCAGGGUAAGGACUAGGAAUGCAGAGUAAGACAAGGAAAGGCUUUUGCACGUGGGACAGGCUCUGCUCUCAACCCUUCACAGAGCAGCACAGUGCCCCGGCUCCCCUUUCUGCUCAUGGUCUGUCCUCCUCUCUACCACCACUUCUGUGCCAUGCAGAGCUGGCCUURGCCACACAGCAAGCUAGGAAAUGCUCCCCAAUAAACUUGCUCUGGGCAACAUCCCAUUCUUGCCACAAACCAGAUCCAGCUUUGCACUGAAAUUAGUGUAAGAUGCUCACAGCUGCUCCCCAGUAUUCUAAUUCAUAUUCCCUGCUUUGGUUUCACCCGUUGACUGAUUAGUAAUACUGAUGUUUAUUUUUAAGAUACAAAUAAAAACUCAAGUAAAAUUUUGACC